UCUCGGUGGCCGAGAAAAGAAAAAAAACAACGGGGGGUCGGCGAAGAGAACAGAGGGAGGUGAAGAAAGAAAGGGAAAAAGAAAAAAAAGAAUAUAGAAAGAGAAGACAACGGGAAGAAGAAGGACGCGAGAGGAAAGGAGAUAAAGAGAGUGAAGGGGGAAAAGAAGAAGAAUUCCAGAGAGAGUUGGAGAGUUUGGAUUUUUAUCAAAGGCUGCGAAUUGGGUAUUUCGAAGCUAGAUUGAUUUUUCAGAAGCAAAGGGGAACAUUUGAGAGUGUGGUUUGAUCAGAUUUGUAGAAAGGCAAAAGGGGAGAAAGUGUGUUUGCCUUGCCUUACUAUAUUCACCAUGGUCCAUCAAUAAGGUUUUUCUUUCACGUCUGAAACCCAGAUCUUGGGAAUUAUGGGAGAUUUAGAAACCCCAGCAGAAAAAGAAGGAGAUGGAGGUGUUCAGCCUAAAAUGGAGGCUAGGAUGAGCCGGAAGGAGAAAAGGAAAACCAUGAAGAAGAUGAAGCGGAAGCAGACGAGGAAGGAAAUCGCUCUCAAACAGCAAGAAGAAGAAGAGGCGAGGCUCCAAGAUCCUCAAGAGCUUAUCAACAUGGAGCAAGAGGAGGCCAAGAGGUCCGAGAGUGUGAGGAUCAUAUUCGAGGAGCGAGAGAGAGCUUGGAUUGAAGCCAUGGAGAUUCGAAAGAAGAAACGAAUCGAAGAAGAGGAACGUAGAAUUAGCGCUCUGGAAUACGAGGAACUAUCCCGCAAGCAACAGAUCAAAAAUGCAAAUGAUGAUGGUGAUGAUGACUGGGAGUAUGUAGAAGAGGGACCUGCUGAAAUCAUCUGGCAGGAAAAUGAAAUAACUGUCAAGAAGAAAAGAGUCAAGGUUCCAAAGAGGAAUAAAGACCAGCGAAGUAUAAAGGAGGAUUCUGAUCGACCUACAUCAAAUCCUCUCCCUCCACAAUCCGAAGCUUUUGAUGAUUACAAUGCUUCUUUAUCAGCGCAGCAGCUGUUAGAGACUGUGGCUGAACAAGUACCGCAUUUUGGAACUGAACAGGAUAAAGAUCAUUGUCCUUUCCAUUUGAAAACUGGAGCUUGUCGGUUUGGUCAGCAUUGCAGCCGGGUGCAUUUCUACCCGGAUAAAUCAUCCACGCUGCUUAUCAAGAACAUGUACAAUGGUCCUGGCCUUACUUGGGAGCAGGAUGAGGGGCUCGAGUACAUUGACGAAGAAAUUGAGCGCUGUUAUGAAGACUUUUACGAGGAUGUUCAUACAGAGUUCUUGAAGUUCGGAGAAAUUAUAAAUUUCAAGGUGUGCAUAAAUGGUGCACCCCACUUGCGGGGAAAUGUGUACGUACAGUACAGUGCACUGGAGUCAGCUUUGGUUGCGCAUCAAUCUGUCAAUGGUCGCUACUUUGCUGGGAAGCAGAUAAGUUGUGACUUCAUCAAUGUGACCAGAUGGAAGGUUGCCAUAUGUGGGGAAUAUGUGAAGUCGAGAUACAAGACAUGUUCCCGUGGUAGGACAUGCAAUUUUAUCCACUGUUUCCGCAAUCCUGGUGGAGAGUAUGAAUGGGCUGAUAGUGAUAGGCCACCCCCAAAAUAUUGGGUGGAAAAGAUGGUUGCAUUAUUUGGUUAUUCUGAUGCAUACAAGAAACAUAUGAUGGAGGAUAACUCUGGACAGCUGAGGAACUCUAGCAAGAAGUCAAUGACAGAUUCACAGAGGUAUGUUGUGCAAAGAUCUAGUUCUCGAGAUGGGAGUUACUCAAGUUUUGCUGGUUCUAGUAGAAGAUACGACAAUGAAAAUUAUGCUCCGAAGGGCACCGGCCACCGUAGACCUUCAGGUGAAGAGAAUGCUUACUUGAAGGACUUUAAUCACAGGAAGAACAGAAAGUAUUAUAUUGAAAGAGUUUCAAGAUAGCGGGUUCUUCGGAGGCUAGGAUAUGUUACAAGUGAUGAUGUUGUGCAGUUGAGGGGUAAGGUUGCUUGUGAAAUCAGUAGUGCAGAUGAGUUGACCCUCACAGAGCUUAUGUUCAAUGGCGUUUUCACCAUCUCUUCUCUUAUGUUUUGUUUGGUGGGAAAAACUAAAAGAUGCUACAAAACCAAGGAAGAAAUUGACCUGCUCUUCUUGCAAUUACAAGAAACUGCUCGGAGGGUGGCUGAAGUUCAGCUUCAGUUUUUUUCUGGUUGAAAUUGACAUCGAUAGCUUUGUGAGUUCAUUUCGGCCUGAUAUUAUGGAGGCUACAUAUGCUUGGGCAGAAGGGUCAAAAUUUUACGAGAUAAUGUCAGAUUUUGAGGGUAGCUUAAUCAGGGCAAUUAGGAGAUUAGAGGAAGUUCUUCAGCAACUUAUACAUGCAGCCAAUUCUAUUGGAGAAAUUGAUCUUUUGAGGAGGCUGUUUCAAAAAUUAAGAGAGACAUUGUCUUUGCAGCUUCCCUAUACUUGGUAAUUUUUGGCUGGAACGUUUUUGCCAUCGUUUUUAGCUACUAGAGAAAUAUAUCAAGGUCCUUGAUAUGUAUCUGUAUAAGGAUUUUCAAUUGAUCUGCUAGCGGAUGCAUUCUGUUCGCAAAGAGAUGGCUGGUGAUCGCAAGGUCCUUGAUCCCUGUAUAAGGAUUUUCAAUUGAUCUGCUAGCGGAUGCAUUCUUUUCUCAGAGAGAUUGGCUGGUGACACUAGCUAUCAAGUCCUGGAUAGUGAAACAUUAAUUAUUUAUGGUACUUUUGAAGGGUAUCACUGUUUUUGUAUUGUUGUUGUAAGAGAGCACCUAAGCUUCAAUAUUUAUGUAAUAGUAGCUGGUCUGUUUUAUUUGCACCA